AUGUGGAGGCUAAAGAUCGCUGAGGGCAGUGGGCCAUGGCUGCAGUCCAGCAAUGGCUUCCUCGGCAGGCAGGUUUGGGAGUUCGACCCCAACGCCGGUACGCCCGAGGAGCGCGCCGAGGUUGAGAGGCUGCGCGAGGACUUCACCAAGCACCGCUUGGAGAAGCGGGAGUCACGGGACCUCCUCUUGCGGUUGCAGUACGGAAAACUAAACCAAUUUCAAGCAAAUGCUCCGACAAUGAAGAUUGAAAACAGCAGUGACGUCACGGAAGAACUUAUCUCAGCGUCGUUGAGGAGGGCACUAAAUCAAUAUUCGUCUCUACAAGCACAUGAUGGGCAUUGGCCUAGUGAUUACAGUGGGAUUUUGUUUAUUAUGCCUAUAUUGAUACUCUCGUUGCAUGUUACUGGAGCACUUAACAUCGUCAUAUCCUCAGAGCACCGACGUGAGAUAUGCCGCUAUAUUUACAACCAUCAGAACGAGGACGGUGGUUGGGGAAAACAAAUUCUGGGACCAAGCACCAUGUUUGGUUCAUGCUUAAAUUAUGCAACCUUAAGAAUUCUCGGCGAGGUGCCAGAUGCUAGCAACGUUGCAUUAGCUGAGGGGCGCAAAUGGAUACUAUCACAUGGAAGUGCCACUGCAAUACCACAGUGGGGAAAGAUAUGGCUCUCGAUAAUUGGCAUCUAUGAUUGGUCCGGAAACAAUCCAAUUAUUCCGGAGUUGUGGUUGGUUCCUCAUUAUCUUCCGAUUCAUCCAGGUCGAUUUUGGUGCUUCACCCGGUUGGUAUACAUGCCAAUGGCAUAUCUUUAUGGAAAGAAAUUUGUGGGGCCGAUUACCCCAACUAUACUCGCAUUGCGGGAGGAACUAUAUAACACAACAUAUGAUGAGGUCAACUGGAAACAUGCACGAAGUUCUUGUGCCCAGGAAGACCUACACUAUCCCGGCUCAAAGGCGCAAAGUUUUCUUUAUAGUUGUCUUAACAAGUUUGUGGAGCCCACGUUAAAUAUCUGGCCAGUCAGCAAGCUGAGAGAAAGGGCUUUAAGUAGCCUCAUGGAAUAUAUUCAUUUUAACGACGAAACAACAAAAUACAUUGGAAUUUGCCCUAUUGAUAAGGCAUUGAAUAUGAUCUGUUGUUGGGUUGAAAAUCCAAAUUCAGAUGAGUUCAAACAACAUCUUCCAAGGUUUUAUGAUUACUUCUGGCUUUCUGAAGAUGGCAUGAAGGCACAGGUAUAUGAAGGCUGCCAAAGCUGGGAGACAGCAUUCAUAAUUCAAGCGUACUGCUCAACUGAUCUUACUAAUGAAUUUGGCCCAUGUAUAAAAAAGGCUCAUGAGUUUCUAAAAAAUUCACAGGUUCUUCAAGAGCAUCCAAGUUAUGAAAAGUACUAUCGCCAUAGAUCAAAAGGUUCGUGGACUCUUUCAACAGCCGACAAUGGGUGGUCUGUAUCUGAUUGUACGGCAGAAGCAAUUAAGGCAUUGCUGUCGUUAUCCAAGAUUUCUCCGGACCUUGUUGGACAACCAAUCAAACAAGAAAGGUUGUAUGAAGCCAUUGACUGCGUUCUUUCUUUCAUGAACAAAGACGGUAGCUUUUCUACAUAUGAACGUGCGAGAACAUCCUCUUGGUUAGAAGUUCUCAAUCCUUCUGAGAGUUUCCGCAACAUUGUAGUCGAUUAUCCAUCUGUAGAAUGCACAUCUUCGGUGAUUGAUGCUCUCAUGAUGUUUAGAGACCAACACCCACUCUACCGCAACAAUGAGAUCGAGGGAUGUGUACAAAAGGCAGCUCUUUUUAUUGAGAGCAAACAACAGAAGGACGGUUCAUGGUACGGUACUUGGGGUAUCUGUUUCACUUAUGGGACAAUGUUUGGUAUAAAGGGUCUAACAAUAGCUGGAAGAACUUAUGACACUAGUUCUUCUAUCAGAAGAGCAUGCAAAUUUCUGUUGUCAAAUCAGCAGCCCACUGGUGGAUGGGGAGAGAGCUAUAUUUCUAGCGAAAAUGAGGAGUAUGUUGACAGCGGUAGACCUCAUGCUGUGAAUACCGCUUGGUCCAUGUUAGCUUUAAUAUAUUCUGGGCAGGUUGAACGGGAUCCAAUACCAUUGCAUCGUGCGGCAAAACUAUUGAUCAACAUGCAACAAGACACAGGUGAUUUCCCUCAACAGGAACACAUUGGAUGCUUCAACUCUUCAUUGUACUAUAAUUAUGCCAACUACCACAACAUAUUCCCCAUAUGGGCUCUCGGAGAGUUCCGUCGCCGACUUAUUCUCACCAAGAAGUAA